CAAUUCCAUAAAACUGGUGAACUUAUGUUCAAUCUUCAUAAGUACAUGGCUAACAGCGGCAGGCUUCAUACAUCUGGUAAGUUACAGAGAGCCAUAAAGAACAGAAGGGCUAAGUACUGUAUUAUGGUAAAUACUCAGUCUCUGACACAUCUAACAGAUGGGUGGACAUAAUGUUAAGUAAAGUAUUGUACAACCUAGCCCCUUUAAAGUGGUUCUGAGAACAGUAAAUAAUUGAUACGGCGUGACUAAGUGAAUAAGUCCGUAAGUAAACAAUCAAGUAAAUAAUGAAGUGGCCGUGUCCGAAAUCUGUCUUGGCUACUACUUACUAAAACUGCAUACUGUGUACUAAUCGUACUACAUACUAUUUGGAACGUACUGUUAAGUAAAAACGAAUGCAGUAAGCAAACAUCAGCAUAAUAGUCUCAUCCUACUGAGAAUGCGCUAUCUAAUGCGCAAAUUGCGUUGAUUCCCGCCAUUCGUUCAUUUUGGUACAGCACGUACCCUCAGCUGAUUGUCAGCUGUUGUCAGACACACGUGGACGAUUCUAUUCCUCAAUAGUGUGAAAUUUACUAGAUGAAAAAGACGAAAUUAGUAUGACAUCCUAGCAUUUAAAGCAUUCUCAAUUUUCUAAAUUUCACAUAAUAUAAAACUUUUGUUGCAUACCCAAAAUGCCUACUAUUUAGAACGCAAGUAUGGGUAUUCGGAGACGGCCAUUGCGUAAGUAUGUAAGCAAGUCAGUAAGUUGUAAUACAGGAUUGAGUACAUGAAAAAUGCUCUGCAUGUUCCUCUCUUUCUAUAUCCAUUAUUGUGACCUCUGUUCUAGGUGGAAAACUCAGGGGAUCCUUGGGAAAACUUCCAAAAUUCCCAAGCACUUUCCUACUGGGAAUGUGUCUACUUGCUCAUGGUUACUAUGUCCACUGUGGGCUAUGGAGACGUGUAUGCAAAAACCACCCUGGGACGACUUUUCAUGGUCUUCUUCAUCCUUGGUGGUUUGGUAAAAACCCCUCUUUAUUUCAUUUAUUCCUGCUUCAGUCCUUCAUCCAUAUGAUCACACCUCCAAUCAUCAUGAUUAAUGUCCCUGCUGCUGCUACCAACAGCUGGAA